UUUCGUGCUCUCGGAUUUCUGGCUCGUUCGGGAGGAAAACCACACAAAAUCUGGAAAAUCGCGAUUAGCGGACAAGAAGAACGACGGUAUAACGGUAAUUUUGCACAGCCCAAGCUCGUGAGAGUUGGCAGGGGUGCGUUUGCUGUGUUUGUCCAUACUACGCUACUGCCACAACGCAACGGAAACAAGCCGGUAAUCGGAGACUCGCAAAAUGUUCACACGACAAAAGCAAGGAGCCGCCAGUUGGUUACUGCUGAUGGCCGCCACGGUUGGCCACUUUGGCUGGGUGGCACGCAGUGAGCUGCCCCGACCGCGCGGUGUUUCCAUUACGCAUGCCAACCUGUACGAGGAUCGAACCGGCAGUGGCCAGUUCGUUUGCCUGGACGGUCGCCAGGUGAUUCACCGGGAACGAAUCAACGACGAUUUCUGUGAUUGCGAAGACGGGAGCGACGAGCCGGGCACGGCCGCUUGUCCGCAAGGUACGUUUCACUGCACCAACGCCGGCUACAAGUCCCUCUACAUCCCCAGCUCCCGUGUGAACGAUGGUAUCUGUGAUUGCUGCGAUGCGUCCGAUGAGUACGCGUCGCCGGCCAACUGCGUAAACACUUGCAGCGAGCUGGGCAAAGAGGAUCGGUUGCGAGAGAAGCAGCGAAGCGAGAUGCUGCAAACUGGCAACUCACUGCGGCUUGAAUUGGCUCAACGUGGCCGUGCCCUCAAGGAUGAGCAGCGGGUACGGCUGGCCGAGCUGGAAAAGAGUCGAGCGGAAGCGGAAGCGUUGCGCGAUGAGAAGGCAUCACUGAAGAGUGAGGCGGAGGAAUUGGAGAAUGCAGCACUUAAGGUGUAUCGCGAUCGGGAAGAAGAAGCAAAGCGGCUGAAAGAGGAAGCCGCGGCGCACAGUAACCGCAACGAGGCACAGGAAACGUUCCAAAAGUUCGAUUCCAAUCAAAACAGUCUGCUGGAGCUGGUCGAGCUGCAGACGAGGAUCGUUUUCGAUCGCAAUCGGGACGGUGCGGUAACGGAGGACGAGGCACGCUUUUUCCUGGACGAACGGGAUCAGGUUGACUUCGAGACGUUCGUCACCCUGUGCUGGCCACGAAUGAAACCGUUCCUAAUGAUGGAUUCCGGCCUAUUCAAGCCACCGACAGUCGAUCCGGCAACCGGUGAGGAGCCGGAACAAGCGGAACUGCAAUCGGAGGACGGUGGCUACGAGUUGGAGGGUAGUGAGCCUGAUCUUCGAGAGGGCCACGUGGACGAUGACGAGGCACCGCUCGACGAGGAGCUGGAAGACGAGGAUGAAGAGGACGACGUAGGGGAAGGUGAGAUAGAGCGCACCGAUUACGAUCGGGACGGGCAGCGUCCAGCGCCACCACCCCCGGUGCAGUACGAUCCGGAAACGCAGGAACUGAUCAACAAAGCGAACGAAGCCCGCAAUCAACACUCGGAGGCGGAGCGUCAUGUGCGCGAGAUGGAUCAGGAAAUGCGCAACAUCAAGGAGCUGCUCGAUAAAGACUAUGGCCGGGAGGAAGAAUUCGCACCGCUUAAUGGCGAAUGUUUCAACUUCGAAGAUCGCGAGUACGUGUACAAGCUAUGUCCGUUCGAUAAAGCGGUUCAGCAACCGAGGAGCGGUGGGGCCGAAACGAGGUUGGGUACGUGGGAGAAAUGGGGCCACAAAGGAGACUAUAGUACCAUGCACUACACGAACGGAGCCCCAUGCUGGAAUGGGCCUCACCGUUCUGCCAUCGUCCAUCUGGAGUGCGGUUUGGAUACAAGAGUGCUUGCGGUUACGGAACCAAACCGGUGCGAAUACGAGUACCGAAUGCAAACACCGGCUGCCUGCACACUACAGGAUGAUCAGUCGAAAGAUCGCGCACACGACGAACUGUAGUAGGCGCCACGCGUCGAAGAUUCGUAAACUUUUUUUUUACCAAGAAGUAGCCAAUGGUGAACUGAACAAUCGAGUCACAAGCACACACAAAGACACAGAACUACAACAACGCAACAAACGACACAACACUUCGAUAAUCGGAUUCCUUGGAUUCCUAGCGACUACCCAAACCCAAUCCAAAUCAACCAACCAACCAACCAACCAGCCAGCCAGCCAACCGACACUCAGGGUCUCGCACGGGCAAUGCACUGCGAUGCUGUUUAGCAGGAGUGAAUGAGGGCAUUCUGAAAAACUGUGUUUAAGAGUGAAUGGUUCCAGUUCUUUUAACUUUUCCACGUCGUUUCUUCUGUUUUGAAGCAAAAUAUUUGAGAGAACUGCGCUUUUCGAUCCAACGAAAUGAAACAUUCCAUUGCAGCUGAAGUGUGGCGAAGAACGAGCAUGAGGAGAAUGUACGCUUUACAUCGCGAACAUUUUCGGUAGUCACCGCGUGAAAAGCACGUUGUAUAGCGUCGCAACUCGAAUCGAGAAGACCGGUCAAUCGCGAGGGAGGCAGGGUAUCGAUAGUUUUAAGGAAUAGAAAAUGAUAAAAAUGAAUGUAGGGAAAUCUUGUGUCCACAACUAUCUCGCGCCGUUUAGCAGAAAUAUGAGCACGAAAUUAAUAAAAAAAAAAACAAAUCAAAA